CAUUACUGCCUAGUUUUCCUCUGCGGCGAGUUUACUACUCAUUUUGAUUUUGUAUUGUAUUCACCUAUAGCUUAAACUUCAUGAAAAGUAUUUGUUAAUUUACUUAAAUGGAUAAGUUUGUCAAGUGCAAAUUGCAUUUUCGAUACCUGUAUUUGUAUUAAGGUGUAUGGAAUGUGAAAACGAUGGAUUUGGUGAUUUCGAGGCAGCGGGCAAUGGGGGUGUCGUCGAGCGGGAGCGACAUGGUGGUGCGCGCGAGCUGCAACUGGAUGUCGCCGCUGCAGUGCCUGUUGCACCUGAUCCGGAGCCAGUGCUCCUCAGCAUGGACCCAGCUCAUGAAAACUUCUACUGGAAAGUUAAGCCCCCUGACACUCCCUUUAUGAACAACAUGGAGGAGAUCUCCUACUGGGUGCACACUAAACGUGCGCCAUGCCUCUACACAUAUGACAAAACCAAUAACAAGCCUAAAGAACAAGCCCAUUGCUCAAAGUAUAACUCUAAAAGUAAAGCAGUUAAAGAAGUGCCUUCUCCUAGGAAAAAAAAUAAGCGAAAACUGGUGCUGAUUGAUCAAGACUCUGUCUCAACUGAGAAAGAUCAAAGCGCAUUUUAUUUCACAUCGGAUACUCAGCCCCAAGUCUCCAAAAACAAUGUCAAAGCUAGCUCUAAUGGGUCUGAUGACGACUUCAUCAUUAAAAAAUCCUCAACAGUGGUUAAACCAAAAAGGAUGCGACUACAGAAAAAGAGCAAAAUGGAUUUUGAAAAAAAGAAUAAAAUGGUGACAUCAACUCCUAAAGUAACAGCUUUAAGACGCAGUCUUAGGAAGCUACAGAAAUCUUUAAAUGACAACCAAUUGGAUAGUACCAUUAAAGUAAUAAAUAAAACAUUGCCUCUAGAGCCUCCGCCGGCUUCACAAAAUUCACCAGAAAAUCAGAGCCCUAAACUUCCAAAUGAUGAGACGAAAACUAUUGCACCAGAUGUGGAAAUGGAAGAGCCACCCUGCAGCAAUGUUAAUGACAAGUCAAAGCCUGGGGUAGUUAACGGAAAAUUAGAAGAUGACAGUGAUGUAUCUGGUUUCACUGCUAAUUAUAUACGUUCUACUAAAACUCAUUUAACAAAGACUCCAAGGAAUAUGAGAAAUAAGAUUAACAGGACUUUUAUCAAGGAAUCACAAGAAAGCCCACAGAAACAGGAGAGCAAGACAAUUGUAUGUGUUAAUAAGUCUAUGAACACGGGGCCACAGGAUUCAACUAUUCUGAAUUACAGUACGGACUCAUCUCAGAAUGUCAUCAACUUGGUCACUUCGAAGCAGAAUUCUAAAGUCACAAGAGUUAGUCGCUCAACUUCCUUAUUGAAAUUUAUGAAUCCAAAGCAAUCUGAUAAUAAAGAAUGUAAUAAUGACAACGAGGUCAGCAAUGUUGAUGAAACCGCACAAUCAAAUGGCACGUCCAGGUAUCCUAAAAGACAACGGAAUUGUAACACCGAAAGCACUCCUACUAAAGUUAAUAAUACCAGAAGUGCUACAGAUAGACGUAAACGAAUCUGUAAAAAGUCGAGUGAAUUGACCAGCUCUGACCGCAAAGAAAACUCCGAAGAAGAGAUUGUUUCCCGAACGAGAAGCGGACGUAAGAUAAACCAGAGAGCGGGACAAAUGGACAACUCUGUUCUGGUUCUUAGCAACUCCACGGAACAAUUGAGUUCAAUGGCUGCGGUGAACGUGGCGGGCCCCACGGAGACUAACUUAUUGGAAAAUUCUGGAAAGAAGAAGCGUCAAAGUGUCAGGUGUACUCAGUUAAAAAAGUCUGCAGGUGAUAGACAGUUAUUGAAACGGGACUCUCGGGAUAAGAGUGGGUUUACAGCGUGCUUCUCCGACAGUGAUGAUGACUUUGAAUCGAAGCAGAGGAAGUUUUUCUGUUAGGGUGUAGGUCGCGCUAUUUGACUGUUUUCCUGUCAAUAUAAAAUGUUGCGUAGAAGCUAGUUCAAUGAUACUUGCCAGGUUAUUGUAUAUUUAUAUGGUUGGGCGUUCUGCAAUGCUUUAGCGAUUAAUGUGUGGCCAACAAAAUGCUGGUUCAUGUACUGACACGGGGACUUUGUUUCUGCGCAUAGCAUGCUUGCAUGCAUGCAUAGUUUUUGUAAAGUGAGAGGACAUUUUUGUUUAAUAUUCUUUUUUAAAAUAUUGCUGUGAGAUGUUUGCUUGAAUAAGAUUUUGAUGUUUCUUGCUUUAGUGUAAACACAAAAUUAGAAAUGUUUGUAUAAUAUUGAUACAAUACAACUAUAUAAAACGUAUUCAUAAAGUUAAUAUAUAAAAUGGUAAGAUUUGAAUGUUUGCUAUGUAAAUGCCAGUGGUGUAAAAUUUUGACUAUGACAUCACUCGGGAUGUUUACGUAGGAUUUUGUAUUUAUUUGCAGAGCGAUGGAUGUCUGCAGCAACUAGGGUAGUCUGCUUGUCACACAAAUGAGAUUUGUGAUCUAAAUUGUAUUAUAAAGUGCCAUUGUAAGUAUACAAAUGUAACCAGCGUAUGUAUUUUGUGACUAAAUACGAAGUUGUCUCAGUUGUGAGUUCAAUGUAUUUAUUGGAUUCUAUAACUGUAUAUCUUACGGUUUUUUGUAUUAAAUUGUAAUGUAUAAUAUUGCUUAUAAAAUUUCAUAGUAAAGGUAAUGUUAUCUUUUUAAAA